CAUCGUGCUUUGGCAACAAUAACAACAACAACAACACGGUCUAAAGGUGGAGGUUCGACAAAAUGAAAAGGCAGUGUUGUUGCUUAACGGCUUUAUUUGUGGUCGGAUUUAUACUCUUAAUUGCUGGAGUAGCUUUUAUACCUGCCUCUAAAUCGAUUAUCCAUAACGAAAUAAAUGAGCAAAUCAACCUAAAAAACAAAGCUACUAAAGAUAACUGGGUGAAAAACCCAACUCCUAUAAAGUUUCAAAUAUGGGCGUGGAACCUCACUAACCCAGAUGAAGUUAAAGCCGGCACUGGUAAACCAACUCUAGUCCAAAGAGGACCAUAUACAUACAUUGAGAAUCGACAGAAAGUGGCCAUCAAAUAUAAUGAUGAUAACAAGACUGUUACGUACAGGGAGAACAAGUUCUAUUCAUUUGACAGAGCUAAUUCUAAUGGAACAGAGGCAGACGAGAUUGUGACAGUCAACAUUCCACUCAUGUUGAUAGCCAAUGUGUUGAAGAAGGAAUUUGGUGUACUACAGACACUUGCAGCAGCAUUACUCGACUGGGCCAAUGAAGACCUGUUUGUUACACUCUCUAUUAAAGACCUUGUUUGGGGCUAUGAUGAGCCCCUCAUCAACAAAACAAUCAGCCUUAUUAACUCAUUAGGUUUUCAUUUAAAUAUCAGUGAUAAAUUUGGCAUUUUUGUUGGGACAAAUGGUACAGAUGAUGGUGUGUAUAAUAUUAUGACAGGAGAAGGGGAUUCAAGUCAGUUUGGCAUCAUCAAAACCUGGAACUUUGCUCCGAACCUUACAUUCUGGACAUCUCACACUUGUAACAUGUUGAAUGGCACAGAUGGUACAAUUUUCCACCCAUUUAUGGAAAAGUCGGAUGUAUUAUAUGUGUUCUCAUCUGAUUUAUGCAGGUCUAUAUAUUUCACAUACCUGCGUGACAACAAACAGAAGGGUAUAGAUGUAUACAGAUUUACUACCCCACCUGAUGUAUUUCAAUCUCCUACUGACAAUCCAGCUAACCAAGGAUACUGCACUCCCAGUGAUAACUGCUUUCCAUCAGGACUACUGAAUGUGGAAAACUGUCAUUUUGGUGCUCCACUCAUAUUCUCACAGCCCCAUUUCCUGAACGCUGAUCCUGCUAUUAUACAUGGUGUGAAUGGAAUGCACCCGAAUCUGGAGGAACAUGGUACAUUUAUUGAUGUUGAACCAUACACAGGGGCUGCUUUUUAUGCUGCUAAGAAAUUACAAAUUAACAUACUGUUGGAGAAAGUUGAUCAUAUAGAGCAGACAAAUCUUUUGAAAAGAACAGUACUUCCAGUACUCUGGCUGAAUGAGAGCUCUAGGAUUACAGAUUCAUUGGCUGAUGAGUUCAAAUCUCAGUUGGCCACGCCACUUAUGGCCAUGCAUAUUGGUACAUAUGUAGCAAUUGGUCUUGGUUCACUGCUUAUUUUAGUGGCUAUUGCCAUCAUUGCUUGGAAGAAGAUAUUUGGUGAUAAAAAUUAUGGACCAUUGAUGAAUGAAAUGGACAGUAUGUAACUUUUCUAAGAGGAAUAGAGAGAUGACAGACUUGUCUGGUGACAGAGCAGAUCUUGUUCCUGGUGUUGAUUCCUAAAAUUAAAACAAAAAGACAUGCAACAAAGUGCUUAGAAAACUGUGAUAUAUA